AUGCACUUCUGCCCCAAGCCCGCCUGCCGCCAGUGGUUCCCUUGCGACUGCCUCGAGCACGCCGAGUCGCACGACGCGCACGACUCCGUCGACACGCAUGCGUUCAACCUCCUGCGCUCAGAUCCAGACAGCGACGACCCCUUCCCCCUUCCACCCCCCUCCUCACGAGGGAAGGGAAACGGCACGGGCGCACCGUGGACGCUCCCCGCGCUCCCCGCGAAGCUGCACGAAGCCGCCGCGCAGCAGAUGCUCGAGGGCGUCCCGCCCUACGGCCUCGUCGGCAACGCGCAGCCCGUCGCCUCCGCGCGCCCGGCCGUUGGGGGUGCGCGGUCUGACUGCGGCGGCGAGAGCCCCCAGCUUUAUUUCGUGGCGCUUUUUGGUCCGUUGUGUGGAGGUGCCAUUUGA